CAAUGGUCACCCGGGAUCGAGCUGAGAAUAGGGACGGCCCCAAGAUGCUGAAGCCGCUUGUGGAGAAGCGGCGCCGGGACCGCAUCAACCGCAGCCUGGAAGAGCUGAGGCUGCUGCUGCUGGAGCGGACCCGGGACCAGAACCUCCGGAACCCGAAGCUGGAGAAAGCGGAGAUACUGGAGUUCGCCGUGGGCUACUUGAGGGAGCGAAGCCGGGUGGAGCCCCCGGGGGUUCCCCGGUCCCCAGUCCAGGACGCCGAGGCGCUCGCCAGCUGCUACUUGUCCGGUUUCCGCGAGUGUCUGCUUCGCUUGGCGGCCUUCGCGCACGACGCCAGCCCGGCCGCCCGCGCCCAGCUCUUCUCCGCGCUGCACGGCUACCUGCGCCCCAAACCGCCCCGGCCCAAGCCGGUAGAGCCGAGGCCUCCAGCGCCGCGCCCAUCCCUGGACCCCGCCGCACCGGCCCUUGGCCCCGCGCUGCACCAGCGCCCCCCAGUGCACCAGGGCCCCCCUAGCCCGCGCUGCGCAUGGUCCCCAUCCCUCUGCUCCCCGCGCGCCGGGGAUUCUGGCGCGCCGGCGCCCCUCACCGGACUGCUGCCGCCGCCACCGCCGCCUCACAGACAAGACGGGGCGCCCAAGGCCCCGCCGCCCCCGCCGCCCGCUUUCUGGAGACCUUGGCCCUGAGCCUUGGGGGGGGGUGGGGGCGGGGUCUAGGGGUGGGGUAGAGACUCCAGCCCGAGGGCAGCAGAGGGACCCGGGCGUCCGGGCGAGCAGGUGUUGGGGAGGGCGGCGGGGCGCGCGGGCUCAGCGCGCGGGUGAGAUGUGGUCUAUAUUAGAGUAUCUAUAUAAAUAUAUAUUUCCCUGGUUCCUGUCCCUUUUCCCUGCCCCAACUUCUUCCUUGCGUCUAGGAUUGUACUCUCUCUGCCCCCCAGCCCAGUCCCAGUCCCUUCCCGAGUCCCUAGUGCAUGGAAUAAAGUGGUUAUUAAAUCCCCGUGUGUCCCCGAGCCAGGGGCCUGCCUUUAUCUCGACGUCCACGCCCAUUUUCCCUUCCCUUCUGUCUCCCACCCUCAGUCCUGCUCUCCAUGGCCCAAGCCCCGGGGCAGACAGGUAAGUAAAGAAGAGAGCAGGGCGGGAACUGAGAUCGAAAUAGAAACCAGGUGGAAAAAGAGAGCGAUAGGGUAGGGGGUGAAAAAAACGGAUAAAAGGAAAAUUUGAAAUAAAAUCGACUCUGGUGGGAUUCGAACCCACAACCUUUGAAUUGCUCUAAUUCGUCACUAGAAGUCCAAUGCGCUAUCCAUUGCGCCACAGAGCCACCUGGCGGGCGGCGGCAUCUUCUAGCUUACCGGUACUAGAGUGGGAAAGGGGCAGGGCUGGGGGAGUGGGGGGCGGACAUACCAGGAGCGCGCGGUUUGGAUCGCAGAGGCCAAGCCAGGUAGAGGGAGCGGGCGCAAAGCAUGUUAGCCAGGUGAGAGCGAGGGUGCAUAUAGGUUGAAAAAACAGGGAGGGAGAACAACGGAAAAUGGGUGAGCGAGCGAGUGCAGAGCUCCGGCUGCCCGAUUGGGGGCUGCUUCCGGCUCAGGCGCUCCCCACUCCCAGAUGUAGUCCCACCCAAAUAAACUAGUUUUGUUGUAAAUU